AUGCCCGAGCAGGGCCGCCCCGCCCCGGAAGCGCGCGCAGACCGGACGUCCGCGAGGGACACGCCCACUUCCGGCGGCGGUUGGCGGCGAUUGGCGGCGCUCUCCGGCGUUGUCGCGCGGCGGCGCUUUCCGACGCUUUGCGGCACUCUCCGGUGCUGUCGCGCGGUGGCGCUUUCCGGCGCUCUCCGCGCUUUCCGGCGCUUGGCGGCUCUUCGCGGCGCUUGGUGGCGCUUUCCGGCGCUGUCGCGUUUUCCGAGCUUUCCGGCGUUGUCCACUCUUCGGCGCUGUCUGCUGUCUAGCCCGUCCGCUCUCCGGCCCGCCGGCUGUCGGGCCCGUUCUCCCCGGCCCGUCCCCCGGCGCGUCCCCGCAGCCCGUCCACCCUCCGGCCCGCCCUCCCCGGCCGUCCACUCACGCCCCUUCCGUCCCCCCGGCCCCGGCAACAUGAGCCUGAGCGCCAAGGACCUGGCGAGCCUGCUGAGCAUCGUGUCGGAGGAGGCGGGCGGCAGCACGUUCGAGGGCUUGUCCAGCGCCUUCCACCACUACUUCGGCAAGGCCGAGCACUUCCGGCUGGGCUCGGCGCUGGUGCUGCUGCUGCAGCAGCCCGACCUGCUGCCCGGCGCGGCGCAGCGGCUCACGGCGCUCUACCUGCUCUGGGAGAUGUACCGCACCGAGCCGCUGGCCGCCAGCCCCUUCGCCGCGGGCUUCGCGCACCUGCUCAACCCCGCGCCGCCCGCGCGCGAGCCCGACCGCCCGCCGCUCUCGGGGUUUCUGCCUCCGAUAACUCCCCCCGAGAAGUUUUUUCUCUCCCAGCUAAUGCUGGCACCCCCAAGGGAGCUCUUCAAAAAGACCCCUCGACAGAUUGCACUCAUGGAUGUGGGGGGCACUGGCCAGUCUGUGGACAUCAGUGGCCUCCAGCUGGCCCUGGCAGAGCGCCAGUCUGAGCUGCCCACGCAGAGCAAGGCCAGCUUCCCGAGCAUCCUCAGCGACCCCGACCCUGAUUCCUCCGACUCCGGCUUCGACAGCUCGGUGGCCUCGCAGAUCACAGAAGCCCUAGUCAGCGGGCCCAAACCGCCCAUCGAGAGCCAUUUCCGUCCAGAGUUUAUUCGCCCACCACCUCCACUCCAUAUUUGUGAGGACGAGCUGGCGUGGCUGAAUCCCGCCGAGCCGGACCAUGGGAUCCAGUGGGAUAAGUCCAUGUGUAUUAAGAACAGCACUGGUGUAGAGAUCAAGCGGAUAAUGGCCAAAGCUUUCAAAAGUCCUUUAUCGUCUCCUCAGCAAACACAGCUCCUGGGCGAGCUGGAAAAAGAUCCCAAGCUUGUUUAUCAUAUUGGCCUCACUCCCGCCAAACUUCCCGAUCUGGUGGAGAACAACCCUCUGGUUGCCAUAGAAAUGUUGCUGAAGUUAAUGCAGUCGAGCCAGAUCACGGAGUACUUCUCGGUCCUGGUCAAUAUGGAUAUGUCUCUGCAUUCCAUGGAAGUUGUGAACCGGCUCACAACAGCUGUUGACCUACCUCCUGAGUUUAUCCACCUGUAUAUAUCAAAUUGCAUCUCUACCUGUGAGCAAAUCAAGGAUAAAUAUAUGCAGAACCGCUUGGUGCGCCUCGUGUGUGUGUUCCUCCAGUCCCUGAUCCGCAACAAGAUCAUCAACGUGCAGGACUUGUUCAUAGAAGUGCAGGCCUUCUGCAUCGAGUUCAGCAGGAUACGAGAAGCGGCUGGGCUGUUCCGGCUGCUGAAGACACUGGACACGGGAGAAACACCUUCGGAGACCAAGCUGUCCAAGUGAUUCCACCCACCCCUCUGUCCAUCGCUCGGCUGGACUGUGGUUUACCUUUUAGAUAACCCCGAGUUGUUUGCUUGCUCUAAUACAUACACUUCAUCUACUUAAAGCAAAGUGGCUCCACUGGAUUUCUCCUUUAGGAAAGAGAACCCGGGGAAGGUUUUUGUGGUGGUUUAUGGAAAACCCAUCCAAUAGGGAAAUGACCCUCCCAGAGUUACCAUAUGAACGUAGAUGAAGUUGCUAGCACUCACGAGCAAAGUACUCACGAGCUUGUGUAAAACAAGCCAUGCCUUCCUAUGUUUCUGUUGAUGAAGACAUUCUCAAGAAUAUGCUGUACUGCCCCGAGGUCUUCCCAUUGUCAGGUGAGACCCAAGCCUGAGCCUUGGGCCUAAUAUUCUCAAGCUCUGAUUUCCUAACAGUCAUCGGGUUACAGGGACCUACGUGGCAGGAAAAAUGCAUUUCUUUUAGUCAAACAUGGAAACCUCCAGAUCCUUUUCGAUCUGUAAUAGCUGGGCUAGUUUUCAGUCCUCGACACGUUUAGUUCUGUUCAUAGCCUAAGGGCAGUUUCUUGGGAGACUGGUAAUGUGGACAGGAGCUGCGGCGCCCACAUCCUGCCCUGUCUGCUGGGCCUGCCCAGGGGGAAGGAGCUCAGGGGGGGCUGGUCCUCAACCAGGGACAGCACCGUGCCUUACAGUAAAUAAAGUUUCCUUUUUUUAAAAAAAUGAGCUGUUAUCUGAUCGUCUCUUACUUGGAAAAAUUAAUUUCAUAUUGGGGAACUUUUCUCUCGAGCAGGAAUUACAUUCUGAUUCCAUCCUUAGAGCAAGGGAAACCAGUCCUGCCCGUUGGGGUGGGGAGGUCUGUUCGGCCACACCAGGCAGUGCUGGCAGGAGCUCUAGCCGCUUCCUUCCGGUUUCUGACUAGGCCUCCAGGUUGGGUCUGGCUGUAACUGUAGCCUAGAUUCUUAGUUAAAUGACAUUAAUUAGCAUAAACCCUAUUUAGAAUUAGUUACUGCUGAGUAAUAGAGAACAUUUUCAAAAGAAAGAGGCUGAGGCUUACAUUUCUAACACUUUAUUGAACAGACUUGAAAGGAGUAAAUUUGUGAUUUUUAAGUCACUUUGGAUCACACCCAGCAGUGCUGGGGGGUGGGGAACAAUACAGGGAUGUUGGGGAUAGAACUGGGUCAGCCACUGGCCAGGCAAGUGCACUGCCUGCUGUAUUCUGUCUCUGGCCCUCUGCUGACCUGAUGUGGAACUAAUUCAGGAUCAAACACUCGUGCAAGCAGCAUUUAAGCAGAUUAGUUCGAUUUAGCUGUUAAAAAAAAAAAAGAA